UAGCCCAGGCCCGAGGCCGCGGCGGCAGCUGCGGCCUCCUCCGCCUCCCCGGUGGCCCCAUUGGCGCAGGCGGGCGUCGGUGGGCUCGAUUGGCUGCCCAGCUGGCACGGACGCCCCUCGGAGCCCGGCGGCGGCCGGAGGUAAACAGCCAUGUGCGGUUCGGCUCUCUAUAUUUAACAGCCGCCGCGGAGGAGGCAGAGAGGCCGGGAGCGGUGGCGGCUCCGGGGGCAGCGCCUACGUCGGGAAGAAGGCCCUCGCAGCGCGGCUGGCACCGGCCCUCGCGGUGUCGGCGUCGCCAUGCCCGCCUCGCAGAGCCGGGCCCGCGCCCGGGACCGCAACAACGUCCUCAAUCGGGCCGAGUUCCUGUCCCUGAACCAGCCCCCCAAGGGGGCCCCGGAGCCCCGCAGCUCGGGUAGGAAGGCUUCCGGCCCCUCGGCGCAGCCCCCGCCCCCCGGCGACGGGGCCCGGGAGCGGCGCCAGUCCCAGCAGCUGCCCGAGGAGGACUGCAUGCAGCUGAACCCCUCAUUCAAGGGCAUCGCCUUCAACUCCCUGCUGGCCAUCGACAUCUGCAUGUCCAAGAGGCUGGGGGUGUGUGCCGGCCGGGCCGCGUCCUGGGCGGGCGCCCGCUCUAUGGUCAAGCUCAUCGGCAUCACGGGCCACGGCAUCCCCUGGAUCGGGGGCACCAUCCUCUGCCUGGUGAAGAGCAGCACGCUGGCCGGCCAGGAGGUGCUCAUGAACCUGCUUCUGGCCCUGCUCCUGGACAUCAUGACCGUGGCCGGCGUGCAGAAGCUCAUCAAGCGGCGUGGCCCCUUUGAGACGAGCCCCAGCCUCCUGGACUACCUCACCAUGGACGUGUACGCCUUCCCCGCCGGGCACGCCAGCCGCGCGGCCAUGGUGUCCAAGUUCUUCCUCAGCCACCUGGUGCUGGCGGUGCCCCUGCGCAUCCUGCUGGUGCUCUGGGCCUUCUGCGUGGGCCUGUCACGCGUGAUGAUCGGGCGCCACCACAUCACGGACGUCAUCUCGGGCUUCGUCAUCGGCUACCUUCAGUUCCGCCUGGUGGAGCUGGUCUGGAUGUCCUCCAACACCUGCCAGAUGCUCAUCUCCGCCUGGUGAGCCCAUGCCCGCGGCUUGCGGCUUGCGGCGGUGGCGGCGGCGGCGGCGGCCGCCGGAGAGAGCUGGCAGGAAGUGGGCAGGAAGCGGCAAGGCCAGCAGGGACGGGCGGACUGCGCAGCCCCACCUCCUCUUCUCCCUCCUGGCCGGACGCUGGUGACCUCAGGCGGGCCCAGCUGGUGACCGGUGGGCAUGUCUGGAAGCACCGGGGCCCCUGCUCUUUAGCUGGGGCUCCAAGUCCCUCUCCAGGCAGCCCCGAGUCCUGCGUGGGGACACCUCUGCUUCGCUUCUGCAGUGGAGGUAGCCGGCGAGAACCCAGCCGGCAGGAGAGGGGCGGAGUCUCAUUCUUGCAUCAUCACAUGACUGUUGAGUUCUUGGCCACGCCCACCAGGCCACAGUUCGAGGCCCCGCAAAGUUCCCCCGACCUACCACCCAGCACGGGUGCCAUGCAGGGCCAUUGAUAGCUUAGGGCAGCCCUUUGCACAGGGUGCCCCACGGGACAGCGGCUUGGGGAGGAAAAGGGUUUUGUGGUCAACUAAAUUUGGGGAAAGCUGCACCCUCUGCCUCGUGUCGGCUGUCCGCCAGGGUGGCUACUGUCGCAAAGCCUCCGCCAGGCCCUGCAGAGCAGCCACCUGUCCAAGUGGGAGGCGCCCCACGUUUCCUGAGCUUAUUUGACCACAGGGCCCUUUUCUCCUGGGACAGCUGCCGACUCCUAAGGGGCCGCUGUCUCCUCCAGCCCAUGUGGGGAGACGCUGCCCCGCAGCGGAGGGGCCUGAGGUGCGAGCUGGCCUCUCCCAGCGCUGAGCAGGGCCACAGCCGGUGGGAAGCCCACGGCCUGUGGGCGUCGGCGCCACUUUGGCCCCCAGGGGCCGGACUCCGUGUGACCUAAUAGGUCGUUUCCAAGUCAGCCGUUAUGGAGGUGCAUUUCAUGUGACAAUACAGAUGAUAUGCAAGCAGA